AUACCUUCGACAUACCCACAUACCCUACUCUGCUGUCCGUCCUGUGUACUCCCGUGAAGCGACCUCCAAACAUGACGAGAAGACAGCCUCAACUUCGCAAAACCGUCUCAACCGCCGACCUUUAUUCCGAUCCACCUGCUGCACCCCUAGCUACCUCGCUCUCCCGGGCAUUCACCACGGCUGCGCGCCCUCGCCGGAACGUCCAUGCUGUCUUCCAAGACACCGUCUGGGAGAAUGUAUCUCAAUCGCACUUCAGACAUAGUGUUGCAAUUCCCGGCGACAAUCUCAUCGACCUGGGAGACGAUGUCGACUCCACCCGGCAGCACCAGGUCCCGCCGCCUGUACCCCCAAAGGUGAAACUGGAACCGGGUAGUGGACCUGAUACUGCAACCUCGGAGUGCCGACAUGCGCCAGCGGUGUCGACGUCAACAAAGGAGCAUAGACCGGAGCAUUACACGAAGCCGUUUACGGAUUUUAUGACUGCCAACCCCACCAUCUUCCAUGCCGUCGAUACGAUGGCCAAAGAUCUAGAGAAGAAUGGCUACAAGAAGCUUUCUGAGCGCGAUGACUGGGAUCUCAGGAGGAGUGGGAAAUAUUACGUUGAGCGCAACGGGUCGUCUCUUAUCGCCUUCUCCAUCGGCGAGGGCUACGAGGCAGGUAACGGCGCGGCGGUUAUCGCAGGGCACAUUGAUGCCCUGACGGCGAAGCUCAAGCCCAUCCCAAAGUUGCGGACUAAAGCGGGUUUCGUGCAGCUGGGUGUAGCGCCGUAUGCGGGAGCGUUGAACAAUACGUGGUGGGACAGGGACUUGGGGAUAGGUGGACGUGUGCUUGUGAAGGAGGGAGGAAAGGUGGUGAGCAAGUUGGUGAAGUUGGAUUGGCCGAUCGCGAGAGUUCCUACCCUUGCACCUCACUUUGGAGCAGCGGCUAUUGGGCCGUUUAAUAAGGAGACGCAGAUGGUUCCGAUCGUAGGGUUGGAUAACUCGGAUCUAUCUGGCAAUGCUACUCCUCAGGCAAAGGAGGAUGACAAGCCAGUCCUUCUCGGUGGAGAAGGCGCAUUCACUGCCACCCAACCGGAGCGUCUGGUCCGCGCCAUCUCCAAGGAGCUCAACAUUACCGAUUACUCCACGAUCGUCAACUGGGAACUCGAACUCUUCGACAUCCAACCCGCCACGACCGGCGGCCUCGAUCACGAAUUCAUCUUCGCCGGCCGCAUCGACGACAAGCUCUGCUCCUGGGCGGCCAUCCAAGCCCUCCUCAACACCACGCCCGCCGCCUCGGGCCAACUCAAAAUCGUCGCCCUCUUCGACAACGAAGAAGUCGGGUCCCUCCUCCGCCAGGGCGCACGCGGCAACUUCCUACCCACCGUCAUGGAGCGCAUCGUCGAUUCCUUCGCCGACAAGAACGUCCGCAGCGCCGUGUCGCGCAUGUACGCCAACUCCUUCCUCGUCUCCUCGGACGUCUGCCACGCCGUCAAUCCCAAUUUCCUGAACGUCUACCUGGAAAACCACGCCCCGCGCCUCAACGUCGGACCCGCCAUCACCUUCGACGCGGACGCGCACAUGACGACGGAUUCGGUCUCGGCGGCCAUCUUCACCAAGUGCGUCGAGGGGAACUGGGGCGGGGCGAGGCUGCAGGCGUUCCAGAUCCGGAAUGAUAGUCGCAGUGGAGGGACGGUGGGGCCCAUGUUGUCGGCGAAGACGGGGAUGCGGGCGAUUGAUGCGGGCAUCCCGCAGCUUUCGAUGCAUAGUAUUCGGGCGACGACGGGGAGUUUGGAUCCCGGGUUGGGAGUCGCGGCUUUUCAGGGGUUCUUGGAGAGGUUUGAGGGGGUGGAUGCGGAAUUCAGAUAGGGUGAGAUGGGCAUGUUUUAUCCAUGAGCGAGUGCAGAGGGUUUGAUAUGUUCGUCUAGAUAUAUACUCCGUAGAGCAUCCUCGUUGUGCAGGUUACUCACUCCCAUGAGUUUAUCCCGGCUUGUCUAUUCUUUCUAGCUGCGCUGUGCCAACCAAGUAGGCAUAUUUGCGUCCGGAGCGUUUUGGAUGCAUAAGAUUUCUUGUGCUGGUCCCUUUGUACAAGCGAACUCUCAUCACGUUCUCCCGCAAUGCUGUCUGUAGUGGUGCUUGAGUAGAUGAGGAAAGAAAAGC